AUGGUGCUGAAGGUGGGCAUCCUAGGGGGCGCUAACAUCGCCAACAAAAUAAGCCGGGCCAUCAACUCCAUACCCGACGUCGCGCAAGUGGUUGUGGUUGGCAGUCGUGAGGCCUCCAAGGCCGCUGCCUUCAUCGAGCGCAACAAGCUGGUCCAUGCCUCCCCCGUGGCUGGCUACGAUGCCGUGCUGGACUUCCCGGGCGUGGAGGCCGUGUACAUCCCCCUGCCCACCGCCCUGCACGUGGAAUGGGUGCAGAAGGCCGCCAGCAAAGGCUUGCACAUAGUGCUGGAGAAGCCCAUCGCCAUCGAGGACGAGCAUGUGGAUGCCAUCGUCAAGGCGGCGGCCGACGCCAACGUGGUGCUCUUCGACGGCACCAUGUGGAUGCACCACCCGCGCACCGCUGCCAUGGAGGCUGCCCUGCAGGAGAUCGGGCCGGUGUGGGAUGUGGAUUCCGCCUUCACCUUCAAGGGGAGCGCUGACUUCCUGGAGAACAAUGUGCGGGUCAAGGCCGACGGCGACCCCCUGGGCGCACUGGGCGACGUGGGCUGGUACUGCGUGCGCGCCAUCCUGUGGGCGUACGACUUCACGCCGCCCACCCAUGUGGCCGCCCACCACGGCGCACUGUUCAACGAGGCGGGCGUGCCGCUGAACAUCGCGGCGACGCUGCUCUUCCCCGGCGGGCGCAAGGCCCGCUUCCUGGCGGCCUUCGACACCGUCUUCACCUCCAAGCUGGAGGUGUACGGCGACCGGGGGUCGCUGCGCCUGCGGGACUUUGUCAUCCCCACCGCCGAGCACGAGGCCUCCUUUGUCGUGGCCACCGCCAACGGCCUGGCCGACGGCGACACCCGUAUCGCCACGGUGGAGGAGACGCGGACGGUGAGGAACGCAGUGACGCAGGAGGCAGCGCUCUGGCAGCGCUUCGCGCGCGAGAUCGAGGUCGUGCGUGCCGGCGGCCGCGCACCGGAGUACUGGCCGCGCAUCGCGGCGCUGACGGAGCGGGUGCUGAGCGCGGUGCUGGCGUCCGCCAGGCAGGGCUGCGCCCUGCUCCCCUUUGAGCACCGCGCGUGA